UCUUUGAAUAAUCAGGAUUGAAACACAGACAUUUCCAGCUGACUAACUUUUGAUAAAUCUAACUGGAGGGGUGAAGAAACACACUAGUCCAAAAGCUGUGAGACCAGAUUUAUGACAUACGAAUAGAAAUAAGAUUCCAACAUUAGAUCAACCAAAUGGAUGAAGAAAAUUUAAGGAAAAGAACAGGAGAAGCUAAUGGAGGAGAUGAACUAUCACUUCAGACGAGUAAACCCAAAACUACAAAUCUACAGCAAGAGGUGGGUCUGAUCAGUGGAAUCUGUAUGAUCGUUGGUACAAUUAUUGGCUCAGGAAUCUUCAUUUCUCCUAAAUCAGUACUUGCCAAUGUUGCAGCUGUGGGGCCUUGUUUAAUCAUCUGGGCAGCAUGUGGAAUUCUUGCUACUUUAGGUGCACUGUGUUUCGCGGAGCUUGGCACAACAAUUACAAAAUCAGGGGGAGAAUACCCUUACCUUAUGGAGGCUUUUGGUCCAAUUCCAGCAUAUUUGUUUUCCUGGACAAGUUUACUGGUCAUAAAACCCAGUUCGUUUGCUAUCAUUUGUCUCAGCUUUGCGGAAUAUGCUUCAGCUCCUUUUUAUCCAGGUUGUGAUCCACCUGUAGUUGUCAUCAAGUGUCUUGCAGCCUCUGCCAUUGUGGUUAUUACAGCUGUGAAUUCACUGAGCGUGAAGUUGGGAAGCUACGUCCAGAAUUUUUUCACUGCUGCUAAAAUGAUCAUUGUUUUAAUUAUUAUUGUAAGUGGGAUCGUUCUCCUUGCACAAGGAAAAACUGAAAAUUUUAAAAAUUCUUUCAAGGAUGCUAAACUUUCCACUGGUUCCAUCAGUCUGGCAUUUUAUAAUGGACUCUGGGCAUACGAUGGAUGGAAUCAGCUAAAUUACAUUACAGAGGAACUUAAAAAUCCUUACAGAAAUCUACCGCUAUCUAUAAUCAUUGGAAUUCCUCUGGUUUCAGUUUGCUACGUUCUGAUUAAUAUUUCAUAUUUUACCAUAAUGACUUCAACAGAACUUCUACAGUCACAGGCAGUUGCAGUGACAUUUGGGGAUCGAGUCCUUUAUCCAGCUGCUUGGAUAGUUCCUCUCUUCGUGGCCUUUUCUACAAUUGGAGCUGCCAACGGGACCUGUUUUACUGCUGGCAGACUUGUUUACGUGGCAGGCCGUGAAGGGCACAUGUUAAAGGUGCUGUCUUACAUUAGUGUUAAACGUUUAACCCCAGCACCUGCUAUCAUAUUUUAUGGAGCAAUUGCUAUUAUUUAUACCAUCCCUGGAAACAUUGAAACACUCAUUAACUACUUCAGUUUUGCUGUCUGGAUAUUUUAUGGUUUAACUCUGCUGGGACUCAUUGUUAUGAGGUUUACAAGAAAAGAGCUCAAGAGACCAAUCACAGUACCUAUCGUCAUUCCUGUCUUUGUGACACUGAGCUCAAUUUUCCUAGUUCUGGCUCCAAUCAUUAGUCAACCCGAAUUGCCAUACCUGUACUGUGCAUUAUUUAUGCUUGGUGGACUUAUAUUUUAUUUCCUUUUUGUUCAUUUUAAAUUCAACUGGGCACAAAGAAUAUCAAAGCCCACCACCAUGUACCUUCAGAUGCUUCUGGAAGUUGUACCAGCCGAGGAAAUUACGGAAUAAAGCAGACUGGAUUUCUCGUAAUCCUUUUCUAAGCACUAUAGUUUGACAUACAAUGUUCAUAUUUGCUGAAUUUAGACUUUCAUUGUGAUAUGCAGCUUUAUUUUUACAACUGUUAUAAUUUAUAAACUAUAUUUACAGUAUCUUAGAAGACAUUUGAGAAUAAAGAUUUUUUGACCUGGAGAUCAACCUAAAUGUUUACAUUGUUCCUACUGCUAGCCUAUGCUGCCAUUAUGGUAAUCGAAGUUUUGCAUUUGUUAAAGCUACUCACUCAAUGAACAGGAAGCUUCAACUGUAGAAACAGUGAAUCAAGGAAAAUUUACUUGUAAAAGGAACAUCUCAGAAUCUGGUCUCUUGUUAUCCUGCUGGAAGGAUAAUGGCUAAUAUUUAUACCAUCAGCCACCAAAACACACAGAGGUGCGAGAAUGCGAGUGUGUGUGUGCUAAUUUAGUCUUCAACUUCCCAGGUACGUCACAAAACAGGAACUUUCCAAAUAAAAAGAGAAGAAACUAGGUAAGGGUACAAGGGAUAAGGACUUCUUGAUGGAAGAGGGGAAGAAAACUUACCAGUGAGUAGGUCCAUUUGUUGAACAUGCCCCUUCCUUUCAAUCUACCAGAAGCCAAGAGUGGUGAGCAGACAUAGCAGAAAUAUUAUCUGCAGGUGGGUUUUCCAGAGAUGUCAUUUGGACUAAUCUACCUCUGUGGUUGCCUCCACAGUCCCCUUUGGUAGUUGCUAAUAAUAAUACAAGAGGACGGUUAUGUGGCAGCCUUAUAGAUACUCAAAUUGAGUGGCUCUGACUUUCCUGCCCAAGAAAAAGAUAACUCCCUUUCAGAAUUUCCUUUCUUUUACAAUAGGAAGAUAUAGUGCCUACUAAAUCAGAUCUGCAUACAUUUGCAGACAACUGCAAAUAACUUUUCUUCAAAACAUGUCAACAAGCUUAGUAUUUUGGAAAUGAAGAGCCCUAUGCAAAUAAAGCUUAAUUGUUCUCUUUACCUAUGCAUACCGAAGCCUCAUCCGCUUGAAUUUAGAAGGUGAGGAGAACCAUUUAUGUUGAAAUCCAGGAGCACCUUCAGAAGGAUCUUUGGAGGCAAAGGAAAAAAAAGGUUUAAGAAUGGAAGAGAGGGUUACAUAAAUAAACUGAUCCUGCCAUAUGAUUACUUGAGGUGAUCACAACCAGCAGAGUUAAUAUAGAGCCAAGAAAAUAGGAAGGGAAAGCUGUGGAAACUCUGAGGGACCCAUGGAAGUUCCCAUUUAGAGCUAUUAUCCUUCCCAUCAGGUCCUUUUAGAGAAGGAACUCCAAUGUGGUAAUAAAUUUAGAUUCUAGGCCCAAAAAACAAAGACCUAUACAGAGGGUGCUAGACUUGUCUGGGGCCCUCGGCUGGAUCUGGACAGCAUUGAAGGACGCACUGAAUCCAGUUUGGGGCAUAGGGAUGGCUGCUAUGACAAGAAGCAAUGACAGGUCCAAGUGAGCAGUAACAGUGAAAGGGCAGCGACAGCAAGCCAAGCUUGCUGCCGAGGGCCCCAGCCAGAAGAAAGCCUUCCUAAUCCCAUGAUCCAUUAGAAUCAGGAGCGGUAACUGAGGAAUUUAGUAUUCUGCAUGGUUGUGAACCACUCCCUUGAGCAAGUGCUACAAAAGCAGCAAUGCAAAAGGAAUAUAUCUAGAUGUAAAUUUAAUUUCUUUGGAUAUAAGACUCAGCUUUAAAGUUAACAGCUCAGGAAAGCCAAGUAACUGGCUAUUUAAGAGCAGAAAGCUUGUUUUCCCCCUCAGAAACUGAGGUCUAAGGGAGCCCCUCCAACAGCUGAAAUAAGCUACUGCUGAACAGACCAGGAAAAAUGGCCCACAUUCUACUUUUACAUGUUCAUAUAGCUAUCUAUAGAGAUAUGCGCAUCUCUAGGUAGCUCUCUAAAUAUCUAGAGAUACACAUAUCUUUAUAGAUAUCUAUAUAAACUUGUAAAAGUAGAAUGUGGGCCACAGGUUGGGGUCACAAUAAGAAGCAGUAUUUAGAGACAGAGAAAACAUCAAGAAGUCUUCAUACUGACAUAUAUUAAGAACUAUGAAAACAUGAUAUGCUAAUAUUAAUAUGGGAAACUCCCACAUACACACCUUGAAAAAAAGACAGUAAGUAGGCAGCUAAAUUCUUCAAUGCCCUUGGCAUUAAUCUCUUAUUACUAAGCUCCCCAAUUUUCCACCACGUAUAGCCCACAAAAUCUCCAGUCAUCCUCAGCAAACACUUGGCCUUAACUCAAAUAUGCAAAUUUUGAAUUUGUCAUUUUUACAUAAAACACAAAUAUACAAAGACUAUCAAAUCAACCUUUCAUAGUUUUCUCAACAUUGGAGAAAAAAUCUGAGUUGCAAGUCAUAUUUUACCCUCUUGCUCAAACCCACAGAAGAGGAGACUAAAAGAAAAGAAUCAGGAGCUUAAGGAAAGUCUUUGGAGCCUAAGAAUCUAAGUAAAAUAACAGAGCUCCUUAUUUGAACCUGUGAGCUGUUCAGACCGGGGAUGGUCUAUAAGGAUAAAAUACUCUAAAAUGUACUCUUAAAAAAAAAAAAAAAUGUCAAUUUAAAUGAAAACAGAUUUUUAUGAAGAUAUUUUAGUAUUUUAUUGGUACUUCAAGACAAAAAAUCUCAAUGCAAGAUAUACAUCUCUUAAAAGUACACAUCUAUUUUAAGAUUUAUGUCUAUACAGCUGUCAUAGUUGUAUUAAGCUAAACUAUGAUGAAGCCCCUAGAUGUAGAUAUAGCUGUAGCAGCACCAAUUUGUUUUUAUAGUCGUCUCUAUAGUAAGAGCACUUUGCCAGCAUCUUACACUGUUAAAGUGCUCUCUGGGUAGGAAUGGCCUCAAAAAAUAACAUUAUCUUGGAAAGCUGAAAAUAAGUCUUUCCUCGCACACCGGCCUUUUAGUGAGAGACACUGAUUUCUUCCUCCUAAAUGCUUAUAAACAGAAAUCACUAUGCAUCAACAUCAAAAGAUAUGUUUUUCUAGUUUGCACUACUGUUCCAGAGUAACUAACCAUCUUUUAUGAGGGUUCUACAAAAGUAACAUUUCUCAUCAAAUACCUUAAACCCAGGUGACUAGCAAGAAACUCCAAAUUGCCCUCUUUGUAAGCUAAAUUACAUUUCAUGUUGAAACUAAAUUACUAUCCUACUUUGUUUAGCCUUCCAAAAACAGCAUUGCUUACUUGGCAACAUCUCUGGAGAUUUGCUAUAGAUACAGAUUUCUUUCUUCCUAAGACAAAGCAGACUAAAGAAGGAACACAAAUGGUUAUUUCAUCACAGUUUAACGGAAAACUACAGUAUUUAAACAUUCGCUUUUCUUUAUGGCUUAUAAUGAAUCUUGUCCCAUGCUAAUCAUUACAUUUACAUUCUGUUAACAACUCUUUCUUCCAUUUUAUGAAUAAAUAAAUUGUUUGAAAUUGAA